GGCCAGUGGAGGGAUUGGCAGAGGGGGGUAGAGGACACUGAGUGGACGCCAGUGGAAUGAUUGGCAGAAGGGGGCCAGUGGAGGGAUUGGCAGAGGGGGGUGGCGGAAACGGAGUGGUUGGUAAGGUGAAUGAGUCUGGCAGCCGUAUUCAGGAUGGACUGAAGCGGGGAUAGCCAGCGGUGAGGCAGGCCGGUGAGGAGGGAGUUGCAGUAAUCGAGUCGUGAUAUGAUGAGGGAGUGGAUGAGUUGCUUAGUAGUUUCUGGGGUUAGGAACAUGCGUAUUUUGGAGAUGUUGCGGAGGUGGAGUCUACAUGAAUUUGUCAGUGAUUGGACUUGGGGCUGGAAGGAUAGAUUGGAGUCUAGAAUGACACCAAGUACUCUGGCUUGCGGGGGUGGGACUGAUGGUGGCAUUGUUGGUCGUGAUGGAGAAGUC